CUUUCUGUAGCUGUGCUAGGGCUGCGAGAGCGAUGGCGACGAAAUUGACGUCCGUCCUGAAGCCGCGCAAGAAGGGCAUGUCUCCGCAAAAGAAGAAGAAGAAGAUCAUCCUGUCCGACGCUGAUCAGGCUAUCGGCGCCAGCGAGAAGCGAGUCGCGAGAGCUCUGGUGUACCCCAGCGCGAGCUCAACAGAUGUUGCGGAGGAUGAGGACGAUGUGGAGGAAAUGCUGCGGCAAUUCGAUCUGGACGCCAAGUUUGGCCCCUGUGUGGGGUUGUCGCGGAUAGAACGGUGGGAGAGAGCCCAGCGCCAUGGCCUGUGCCCGCCCCAAAACAUCAGGGAUGUUUUGGAGCGCGUGGGUGGCGAGCCAAACUGUCUCUGGGAGGGCAGGGUUUAGGCUUUGCUUCAAUGCCUUGGUUUGAAGCUCGUCGUCGUAAGAUAUAUGUAGUCUACGUACUUUGGUGACUAAACUGUUUGCACGUGAACUUGGAAA